AAGAACUGAGUGCGCGCGCAAUGAGCGGUGCCUUAGCGCUUGUGUGUUAGGGCCACUGCUGAAGAAGCAGCGAAGCAGCCAUUUCAGGUGAGGAACUGAGGCUUAGCUUUGCAGUGCCGUGGCAGCCAACAAUAGGCCCUCGCAUUUCACGUAUAGCCCUAGCAGCAGGCUUUGUCGUGUACAAUGACGGAGAGCGACUUAGAUGUGUUGUGUGGCUUCCUUAUUAAGGUGCCGCUUGAGGAACUGUACUGCUUGGACGAAGCCACUAUGCUGUGGCUUCCGCCGUUGAAAGGCAUGGCGUCAAGGACGAUCGUGAACACGAUUCGCCGAUCCCUCGAACUGGUGAAAUCCCUGGAUGACCGCCUCGAAAUUGUGGCCUGGCUUUACUGCUGGAUGAUGCCACGGAACAUCCUUCGCCAGUGGAUGUUGUACAAGCUCAGUGAAUCUCUGUGUAGUGCCGACUUCACGCUUCACAAGCGCUUGUCGUCUGCGAUGGCGCUUCCGGGCUGUGAUAACGUCUUCACGCCGGCGUCCAGCAGAAGCGCUCUCUACGCUUGCAUUAUGACAAACGAACCGUUCUCGGGAGCACUCGACCACCAGGUCGUCGGCUUGUAUGUCUGGCGCGGGCUGCCGUACCUCGCUGUUUACGUAUCGGGAGAAAGGAUUCUGCGCCAGUUCAAGGCUGCUUUUGGCACGUUGAUGCUCACUGACUCCGAAGCUCUGCUGGAUGGUUAUCACUUUGACCUGGAAUCCAAAUUUGCAGCAAUUUGUCCCAACAUUGGCGGAUCGAGUUGGCUGGGAACGGGCGAAACGGAAGGUGCAAACGGUUUCGCCUUGAUGGCAUCUCAAGAAAAUGGUCAACCAACUUCCAAGUACCAGCUAGCUGCCAAUGAAGAUGCAAGACAUUACGCCGAAGAACCUAUCAUGGAUGAUAGAGCCAUCGUAUCUCUUCUGACGCCGCCCAGUUCUGACAACUCCGCCACAGACAACGACAAUCCCCAUUUUAUCAAUGGAAACAAUGUCGGCGCGGGCCCAGCGUCACCCAGGGAGGCUGCAGUAGCUGGUGAAGUGAGUGCCGAAAUUAAGGGCAUUUUCAUGUGCCAAGACUGCAACAAAGUCUUCGACGAGAGCUCGAUCCGAGCGAACUUCUUGGCUUGUCCAAGCUGCGGAUGCGAACGGUGCAGGGAGCUUGUGUAGUGCAUUUGUGAAAGGUGCCCGAACAGGGAUGAGGGGACACCGUGUUGUGAAGUGAAUUGAACACUGCAAAGUGUUUGCGACGUAUAUGUGAACUCCACGAACGUAGGCUCAUUAGAACCAAAAUCCCUUCAACUCUUGCCCAGCUAGAUACCCAUUGAUGAGCUGGGUACGCAUGACGUGGCCACAAGAACACGUGGAUAAAACGUUACUUCUCUUGGAACAACAGCGUGACACGCGAUGUGACUAUA